AUGUCCCCCGCAAUAUCAUCGUUUUCACUCCGUGGAGCAGAGUCGGCAAAAUCGUCGCAAAACGUCAACGUUCCCAAAACCCGCCGGACAUACUGCAAGUCCAAGGAAUGCAGGAAGCACACCCAACAUAAGGUCACCCAGUACAAAGCUGGAAAGGCCUCGCUAUUUGCACAGGGAAAGCGUCGUUACGACCGUAAGCAAAGCGGUUACGGUGGUCAAACGAAGCCCGUGUUCAGGAAGAAGGCCAAGACCACAAAGAAGGUUGUUCUGCGGUUGGAGUGCACAGUCUGCAAGACCAAGGCCCAGCUGGCCCUGAAACGAUGCAAGCAUUUCGAGUUGGGUGGUGACAAGAAGACAAAGGGGGCGGCUCUUGUUUUCUAA